AUGGAUAUCUGUACCGGUGUUGCAACAACAAUCAUCCCAGACUUGCUACGUAAAACAUGGGAGGAACUUCAGUAUCAGCGUAAACACAAGAGUUUUGUUCAAGACUUCAAAAGGGAGCAAGAAGAGUUGUUAGCUAUAGUGAAAAGUGUAGAGCUAAGGAUAGACGAAGCCAAGAAAAAAAAUAAGACUCAAGUUGACCCUAUAGUUGAACACUGGCUUAAAAGUGCCAAUGAACUUUUACAGCAAGACACUAAACCAGCCAAAUGCUUUGGCUUGUGUACAAAUUGCUGCUCACAAAUUGCACAAGCCAAGGAGUUGGAAAAACUGAUGAAAGAGUGGAUACCAAAAAUGAUCACUGAAUUUAAAGAAUUUCCUAAAGAAGUAGCACGUGCUGCUGGAGUGCCAGGCAUGGAAUUCCAUUCACAAGAGUUCAUGCCCUUUGAGAGUAGAAAAGAAAAGUUUGAGGAACUCAGAAAGGAAUUAGAACAUGAGAAUAACUGCAUGAUAGGAUUGCAAGGACUAGGAGGAACAGGGAAGUCCACAAUGGCAAUAGAAGUUGGGAGACAAGUUGAAAAAUCAAAACUCUUUGAUAAAGUCAUCUUCAUUACUGUGUCUACCCCUGUGGAUGAAAAAAGGAUUCGAGAUGAUAUUGCAAAGAAAUUAGAGUUGCAAUUAGAGGAAGAGAUGCCAAUGAGUCCUGCGCAACAAAUAUGGACCAGGAUUGCUCAUGUUGGAAAGGUGCUCAUAAUACUUGAUGACGUAUGGGAAGAACUCGAUCUUAAGAACAUGGGGAUUCAACCUGGCUUUCAUAUCAAGGGUUAUUGCUGUGUUCUGCUAACUACACGUUCUUUGAUUGUUUGCAACAAAAUGGGAUGCCAAAAGACAAUUCAAUUAGAUGUCUUGCCUAUGGAUGAUGCAUUGAAUCUUUUCUUAUCUCAUACUACUAUAAGGGGAAAUGAUUGUCCUGGCGAUUUGAAAAAGUUAGCACAAGAUAUUGUGAAUGAGUGUGGAGGAUUGCCAAUUGUGAUUGUAGCAGUGGCAAAGGCCUUAAAAAGCCCGUCUCUACAACAAUGGCAGGCAGCUUUGAUUGCAUUGAAAAACCCCAUGCCUUCAAGGCAUGGUAUUGUUGAUAAGGAUAAAAGAAAGAUUUAUAAUUCUCUGAGACUUAGCUAUGAUCAUCUAAAAGAUAAAGAAGCCAAAAUUCUCUUCCUGUUGUGUUCUAUCUUCCCAAAAGCUUAUGAAAUACCCUUAGAGCUUUUAAGCAGAAUUGCUAUAGGUUUAGGGCUUUUUGGAGAAGGUGACCAAUACUACAUAGCAAGAAGUCAUGCUGAUGGUAUUGAAAAUGCACUCAUAAAUUCUUCUUUAUUGUUAAAGACUGGUGAAGUAUAUGUAAGGAUGCAUGACGUCAUCCGCGAAAUGGCCUUGGAAAAGAUAGACAAUGAAAAAAUUCAAGUGAUCAUGGAUUCUAAGACAAAAUUGAAGGAGAAUGUGAUGUACUCAUCUUGGAUCAUAAGUGGCUUUCCUAAUUGUUCUGAUGAUAGCAAAGUCGAGGUUCUCUUUGUAUGGAUAAAUACAAAUGGUUCUUUGGAAGUUCCAAAUACAAUCUUUGGAGCGAUGAAGAGCCUUAGAGUUCUGCUUUUGAAUUCAAAAAUUGAGUUUGGUAGAACUCCAGCUCAAUCGCUACCAAAAUCAAUUCAAUCAUUAAAUCAUAUCCGAACACUAUCUCUCACAAAUUUGGAGUUGGAUGACAUAUCAGUGUUGAUGAGCAACUUAGAAAAACUUGAGUCUUUGGAAUUGACUAAUUGCUCAAUUACAGAAUUACCAAAUGGAAUUCAUGAGCUAGAUAAGUUGAGAUUUCUAAGCUUGAUACGUUGUUCGCUUCAAAAGAGCAAUCCAUUUGAAGUGAUUGCAAGAUGCUCAAAAUUGGAAGAAUUGUACUAUGUUUCAAAUGAUGAUCAUAUUCCUUGGAGCAGAAAGGUUCCUCAAAUUACAACCCCUCCUAAUUAUCGAACAUUCCAUAUAGAUGGCAGUGAUUUCUCUGAGUUUGAUUCUUCUCAGCUGGAUGCUUCAAUAAAAAAAUGUUUCAAGCCAGCCAGGUUGCAAACAAUCUUCUCCGAUGAAGUUAUUAAAUCCUUGGCGGCGAUAGCAGAGAUUCUGGAGCUAGAAAUAAAUAAUGAAGCAAGCUGGAGCAAUCUUAUUCCUGACGUUGUUUCAAUUGAAGAUGAUGGAGCCAUGAAAGAUUUAAUCAAGCUUUCUUUGAAGGAAUGGUAUAAGAUGAAGUGUUUGAUCUAUACAGAGAAUCCUCAACUUAAAUCUGGAGUGAGUAUCUUAUCCAAGUUAGCUGAACUGCAACUUGAUGAAGUGGGUUUGACAGAAAUAUGUUGUGGACGGUAUCCUGAUGGUUUUCUCAAGCAACUAGAGAAGCUCGAGUUAACUCGAUGUCAGUGGUUGGAAAGCACAUUAUUUAAAGGGAAGCUAGAGCUGGGUAACCUUAAGUUCAUUGAAAUAAACGGUUGUUCAAUGACUUGUCUUUUUCAUCCAUCCACUGCUCAAAGUCUAGAGAACCUAGAGACGUUGAAGAUAGCUCGAUGUUUUGAGUUGAAAUACAUAAUAAGUGAUGAGGGAUCGUCAACAGCAAAAGAAGUGGAUGAUAAGGAUCCUAAUCCAAUAAGAAGUCAUGACUCAAUGUUCCCAAAAUUGAAACUACUCAAUGUUGAUAGUUGUGACGAAUUGGAAUUCAUUUUGCCAACUUGUUUUUGCGAAGACCUUUCUCUAUUGGAAGGUGUGGAGAUUUUCUCGUGUAAGAAGCUAAAAUACAUGUUUGGGCAAUAUUCAAAAGAGGGAGGGUUGCAUCAAAUGCAAAAAGAAAACGCACUCCCUAGUUUGAAAGUGAUGUCUAUUGGAGAUGUUCCAUCAUUUGUCAACAUAUAUCAAGAAUGUUAUCUCCCAGAAAAAUCCGUAGCAAAUACGAGUGAGGGGUCAAAGGACAAAGACAAGAGUCCAAGUAGCUAUGUUUCUUGGGGUCCUUUAUGUUGUUUUCUGCCAAAAUCAGAAACUGCAAACAAUGAUGCGUCAUGUAUUUCCACAACUCAGCUGAACCAUACUACUUCACAGAAUAAAUAUGUUGGCAAUAGAGCUCAUGGAAUUUUUACACCACCGUUAUACCCACGCUAUUUGAGAAAGAUGAAUAUUGGACGCAUUUCAAACUUAAGGUCACUAUUUUCCGUAUCCGUUGCCUCAUCAAUGUCACUGCUAGAAAAAUUGACAGUCCGGAGGUGUGAUGAACUGGAGCAUAUAGUAAUGGAGGAGGUAGAUGGUCAUGAUCAUAUGAAUGGCCAAAUUUUCUUUCCCAACUUACGCACCAUUGAAAUAGGUUCAUGUGACAAGUUGGAAUCUCUAUUUCCAGCUUCACGUUGUACAAACCUUGUGCUCUUGGAAUCUGUGGAUAUCGGGUGGGCUGGAGAGUUGAAAUAUCUGUUUGGAAAAUCUUGUGGUGAUGAUAAGUCACGUCAACAAAAGCAGAAUUGUGAGAUUCAUCUCCCAGCUCUCAAGAAACUAAGCCUUAAAAUAGUGCCAAAGAUGGUGAGUAUGUGCCCUGAAAACUAUGAUGUGGCAGCAUCAUCUCUAGAAGGCAUCACUUUGAAUAAAUGUCAGAAACUUCCUAUAGACUCUGUUAUAGAUGUAUCAGUGGAGAGGCAUGAAAGACAAGAACAAGUCUCAAGGAAAAAGGUAAUCGGGAUGCGCUUGUGCAAUCUGAGACAUCUUUCUUUGGCAUCCUUGGACAUGGUGGAAACGAUUUACGAUCUUGAAAGACUUCAGAUUGCAAGUCCUGUGAAUUCAACCUUGAAAACCCUGAGUUUGGAAGACUUGGAUGGGUUAAGAAACAUAUGUGUGGGACCAAAAAAUCUUCAACUGAGCUUUCAAAAUCUUUUCAAGCUAAAAAUAGAUGCAUGCCGUCAGCUAAGAUUUGUCUUGCCUGCGUCUAUCUCGAGAAGCCUGCCAUGUUUGAGACACCUACAGGUAUCAGAUUGUGAACAGCUAGAGCGCUUCAUUGAGGAUGAUGAAGAAUGUUGUUUCCCAAAUCUCCACUGGAUUGUGGUGGAAGACUGCAAGAGGUUGAAAUGCCUAUUCUCUGUCUCCACAUGUUGUAGCUUUCCACAACUCUCGAUGUUGCUUAUAACAGAUGCCCCAGAGCUGGAGCAAGUAUUUGGAGGGGAGAAGGGUGCAACACAAGAGUUGCACAUCAACCAUGUGUUCCCAAAGCUAUUUAUGAUACUCCUUGAAGAUCUACCAAAACUUCAUACCAUCUGCCCUGCAAUUGAUUUCCAGACUGUGAUAUAUCGUCAAGUAGAGGAUUGUCCCAAGCUUUCUUUAACUUCAACUGAUAAUUCUGAGUCCUUUGAUAAAUCUCAGAGCAAAGAGGGCAGCAUGGAUGAAGAUGAUCUUUUUGAACAGCUUCUUGAUAGGGCAAGAGAAGCAGCAAAGAAGCUUCUAAAGAGAGACCGACCAGCGGCAGAACAAACCAAUGGUUCAUCAAAUAUCGAAGAAAUAACACAGGCAAGUUACGAAGACAGUCCAAAACCAGAGGAAGCUACAAAAGCUGAUGAAACCAAGUAUUCAGGACAAACCAGCAAACGCGCACCAUUUUCUGCUCCUUCACAAAUUGAAUCUCCACGAAUUAAGGAAAUAACAGAGGCAAGUGAAGAAAGUCCAAAAUCAGAGGAAGCUGCAAAAGCUGAUGAAGUCAAGGAUUCAGAGCAAACCAACAAACCCGCACCAUUUUCUGCUUCUUCACAAAUUGAAUCUCCAAAACAAAUUAUAAAGGAAAGGUUGAAGCCAACAUCUCAAGAAGGUUCUAAAUUAGAUGAAGCUCUUAGAACAAAUCAAAUAAUGAAUCCAGAAUCAAGCAAGCCAUCGUCAACAGCAUUUGUUGUUCCUUCAAAAAAUGAGUAUCCACAAGAUAAUAAGGACAGCAUUGUGGGCGAGGGCCAGAGAAUCACACUUGAUCAACAAGCACUAAAAGAACAUACUAUGCCUCUUGGUGAUUCACAAAAGAAUAUUGUAGCAAGUGUUGGAGAAACGUCAAAUAAAAUUGCAAAUGCAAUUCCAUCAACUAGUAUCGAAACAAGCUCUCCAUUGAUCCCUUCAAUCUCUACUCCCAAGAAGCCUCAAAUAACAACUUCAAGUAUUGAAUCAAAAGCUGAGAGCUCACAAUCAGACCAUUUAGAUAUUUACAUUACUGAAUCUACACAAGAUGAAAUUAAGGCCAUCCAAGUAGAGACUUGCAUGCCUAAACGACUUGAAGAUGAUGAUCUAAUGAGAUCAUUCCAAACAAUGGAGGAAGAUGCUGCUCAUGAAGAUGAUAGUGAGGUGACCAAGGCUCUUGCUGAUUUGGAAGCCUCAUUGAAGAUGGAUCUCAAUGAAAUAGCUAGCUUUGAAGAAAGCAGACUUUGCCUUCAAAAUGCUCUCCACACCUUGUCCUCUCACUGUUCUGAUGUUAAUCUCAAAGCUAAAGUACACUCUUUACAACAAGAAAUCCCAACUAUUCUAUCUUCUUUCAGGCAAGCCUAUGCUACCAUUGAGACAGUGACCAACCUUGAACAAAAAGAGAAGGUAAUGAUUGAACAACGUUCACAUCGAAAAGAAGCAGCCAUGACUCUUCUAUCUGAAAUUCACAAGACUCAAAAUUCGAUGGUUGAGGCUCAAACAAGGGAAGCAGAGUUGAAGGAGCAAAUCUCUAAGUUGCAGGCUCAAUUGUAUAACAAAGAAAAAGAAAUCACAGAGUGUGAGAUCAAAUUGUCGUCUCUUCAAGAGCAGAAGAAGAAAUGUGUUUCAGACACCAUUGAAUUCAAAAAGGAGUUGGAAGCAGUGAAGAAAGAGAGGUCUUGCAUGGUGGAAGACCGAAUAAAAGCAAAGCACCAACUAGAGAAUGUGCAUUCUAGCUGGUCUUCUUACCAGGCCCAUUUGAAAAAAACCUCAUCACAGUUGGGAAUUCAUCUUAAGCAGAAGCUCUGA